GGACGCAGAUGUGUUUUACAACACAUGUAACAACCGGCUCUCUGGAAGCACCAAGACUUCAUUUUAAUCAUUACACCGCGAGGGGACCUAAGUGAGACGAUGUCUGUCACGUUAUGAGCUCAACCAACACAUUUGGAUUAAACCAUUUAAGGAACAUAGUGCCUCUGAUGAAGCUAAUACGUCUUAGCUUAGCUAGCAUAGCUGGUGAACUUUUACCAUCGCUGCUCAUUGAGUAACGUUUAACUUUAUCCAACUCGAGCAAGCUAGCCAGGCAGGUGAAGCUAUAGCUAAAGCCAGUCCGACUUCCUUUCGUGUGUCGUUCGAGGUCAUUCUCCACCGUCCAUCGAGAAUAGCCAGCUGUUAUACGGAAGCUAGUCAUGAAGAGCCUCCCAUACUUCUGCCGUGGAGAGGUCAUUCGAGGCUUCGGACGAGGAAGCAAAGAACUGGGAAUACCCACAGCCAACUUCCCUGAUUCAGUGGUGGACAAUCUUCCAGCAGAUAUUAGCACAGGGAUCUACUAUGGCUGGGCCUGUGUGGGUAAUGGUGAUGUCUACAAAAUGGUGAUGAGCAUUGGCUGGAACCCUUACUACAAAAAUACCAAGAAGUCCAUGGAGACCCAUGUGAUUCACACAUUCAAAGAGGACUUUUAUGGGGAGAUUCUCAGUGUUGUCAUGGUGGGCUACAUCCGUCCAGAGAGAAGCUACGACUCACUUGAAGCCCUCAUUACGGCCAUCAACAAUGACAUUGAAGAAGCCAAGGUCAAGCUUGAGCUCCCAGAGCAUCUCAAACUGAGAGAAGACAACUUCUUCACCAGCGCUCCCAGCUCGACUUCAGCCAUGCCUCCCCCCACCGCAUCCACGUCACCGACUAUUAUGAAUGGUCACUGACAGCUGGCUAUGACUGCAGCACUUUGUACACACACACACCAGAACAACAUGAAGGUGUCCAUGUACACACAGGUGUGUGUGUGUAUGUACUCAUUGAAAUGCACAGCUUCAUUCUGAGAUCUAUUUACUGUCGCCAUAGCUGCACAUGGAAGUAAUCAUAAACAAUCAAUCUUUUAUUGUUUUUUUCUAUUACAUUGUCAAUGUGUCUGUGGUUAAAGAACUAUUUAACUCCCUGUAUGGAUCUGUUGCAGACAUCCAGUCACUUAAUAGAUUAUGUUUAUUUGUAUAUAUUUGCACCAGAUUGCCUCAUCAAAUUUUGUAUGAAACUCUUGGGUCGAACUGGUCCUGUUGUAUAUUUGGAAAAGUUUAUGUUAGAAGGUACCUAAAAAUGCAGAUUUUGGGAUGACGGUGACCACAAGAUACAAGCAGUUUUGUAACUAUCUGGGUAUAAAGAGCGACACAAAUAGACCAUAAACUCAACUCCGUGAACACUGUUUAGCCAAGGUCAGUCUAAUACAUAAGUAAUCUUUUCUGUUGGCAUUUGCUUCUGCAUCAGAUGGUUACAAAAACAGCCUGAGCAUUAUUAUCUGUAACAAAAUCACUGGUUGCACCACCGGAUAACUUUAUGCAACAAUGUGGCUGAAUGGAAUAUGUGUGAAGACAGGGAGAUUAAAUUAUGAAAUUCUGUAAAUUUAGUGGUAUUAAAGUACCCUUGCUUUGUUUUUUCAUUUUCCUUCUGAGAACGUGUAAUUUAUUUAACCUUCAGUCACACAAGCCCUCUCCUUUUUAUCACUGCCCUAAAAAUGAAAGACCUCUUAUGUUGGACCCUAGAUGGGAUUUGUGUUUUUGGUGCAUUGUCUACAGGAAUUAUUUAAUAACCAGCAUGGUUAUUUAUUUAAUGGACUGUUUAUAAAAACAUGUUUUAAAGAUAGGCCUUUAACACAAUUUCAUUAAAUUCGCCCUCUGGAUUUGAGUGGUCACUGUCUUGACACUAAACUGUCUCGCCAUUAUCAGCCUGUUGGGUUUAUAAAGAAUUGUAGAUUAAUGGUGGGCAAACACUGGGGUUAAGCAAGUUCUUAUGCAUGUUAAGUUUUUGCGCUUUUUCACUACAGUUUGUCUGAUGUUCAGACCUACGGGCUGCCUCUCUAUGGUUUUGUUACAGAUAGUAAAAUGUAAAUAGAUCUAAUGAGAUGAAGAAGUGCAAGGUCCACAGCUACUUUUCCUGCUCUGACAUUUACAAAGGGAAACAAUCUUUGAAUCUAUACCAUAAAAAUAUAAGAUGAUGAUCACACAGAAGUCUAAGCAGAAAAGCCUACAGUACGCACCAGGUUUUCAUACAUGUAUUACAAUUCCUUUUUUUGGCUCGCUUUUAAAAUUCUAGCAAUUCAAAAACUGUUGACAAAAAAGAGCAGUAGCUCUGUUGUGUGUGCACACAACAUGAAAUCCUAACACAUCUACAAAUGUGUAAAGUUCUUUGAAGCCCUGUAAAUAAUUGUUUUAAAUGAAUGAACAUCUAGUUAUGUGAUCUGGGAUUUUAAGUCUGCAUUGUAAUUUACUUUUGUUAAGUGUUAAGGAGUAAAAGAUAUGACUGCAAUUUCUAAAUGUUGACAUUUAUAAUGCAACAGUAGCAAUGAUCCUCUCCUAAGAAGAGCUUUGCUGUUUUUCCAGGUACCUUUCUCUUGUCAGUCUGGUGGUUUUUGUAGAUUUCCAGUUUCUUUACUGAAAAUGCAAAUAUGGUUUAAGUGUGUUAAAGCUUGAAAACAGCUUCAGUUGAGACCAGCUGAAAGAAUCAAGGAACCAAAUUCACUGUUCUAUAACGCUUUUCUUUCAUGUUGAGUGCUACAUUAUCCAUUUUAUUCAUCCUCUAAAGCACUUAAUGUACAGAAGAAAUAUCACUGUAACUUAGAUUUAUGAUGUGCUGCUUCUUCAAACCUGUCAAAGACCCUAACACAUUUGUCAAGGUUUUCCAGACUCAGAUUUGUUGUAGUUUACACAGGGACCAGUUACUGCAUGUAUAGUUAAAAGUUCAACACAUCUUUUAUGUUUUCAUCCAUGUGUUACAUAUAUAAUUUAAUCAAAUAAAUAGUUU